AUGUCUUCUUUAUUUUCUCUUUGCAGGGACGUGGGGCGGGAGCUGCUGCAUCUACUGCAGUUUGUGGAGCUGAACGCCACGGGCCUGAGGAAGAUCCUGAAGAAGUUUGACCGGCGUGUGGGCGUGAGGCUGGGACACAUGUACAUUGCUUCGCGCACGCUGCAUCCCUACUCGCACCUGCAGCAGAUCUUCAAACAAGUGGGUCUGGGCGCUAUGGGUCUGGGCGCCAUGGUGGGAACAAUCAUCCGCAAUCUGGACGAGUUGCACCGCAGGGAGCGGUGCUUCUCCUCGCCCUCCAAUCUCCUCUCACCACGUGGUGCCGGCACGCCCAGACGCACGUCCUUCUCGCUCUUCAGGCAGGGGGACGAGUCCCCGGUGUACGUGGCUCAGGAGGAGCCCAUCAUUCAGGUGGGUGCUGCUGAUGGUGCAACCGUUUACAGUGAUGCGCACGUGGUGGCACGUGGUGGCACUCCCAGACGCCUGUUUGCACUCUUCAGGCAGGGGGACGAGUCCCCGGUGUACGUGGCUCAGGAGGAGGAGCCGAUCAUUCAGGAAAUCGAGGCGGCACGGGCGAAGCUGACAGACGCGGUGGGGUACAGCACGUACAUGGCCAAGGGGCUGCUGCUGCCGCCUGCUCCUGAGAGAGGGCCCGAGGCAGGGGAGCCGGAGUUCCACUGGUGGUCGCUGCAGCUCAACCAGUUCAACACGUUCCUCUACAUGAGAGGGCCCGAGGCAGGGGAGCCGGAGUUCCACUGGUGGUCGCUGCAGCUCAACCAGUUCAACACCUUCCUCUACAUGGUGAACCACUACACCAUUGUCCCAACCUCAGACGAGUACGCAGUCCUCCUCUCCGCCCCGCCAGCCCUGUGCGGUAUCAUCGUGAACUACUACAUCAUCGUGCCAACCUCCGACGAGUAUGCCAUACUCCUCUCCGCGCCACCCGCUCUCUGCGGCAUCAUCAUCGGCGCCACGCCCCUCUGCGCCCUGGUGAACUACUACAUCAUCGUGCCCACAUCAGACGAGUACGCAGUCCUUCUCUCCGCGCCACCCGCUCUCUGCGGCAUAAUCAUUGGCGCCACGCCCCUCUGUGCGCUGGUGUCAGCCUUCAUCUUCAGCAAGUGGUCCAACACGUCCUACACGCAGCCCUUACUCGUCUCCACGCUCGUCCUGCUGCUCGGCAACUUCGUCUACGCUGCUGCUCUGGAUUUCAACUCCGUCGCCCUCUUGCUCAUCGGCCGGUCGCUCACCGGGCAGGGCCGCAGGGGUAGACCUGGAAGGAGUGGGCAGGGGCGAGAGGAGGGGAUAGGGGAGGGGUGGGUGGAGAGGGUGGGUUCAGCAUCAUUGGGGAUCCGGAAAAAGGGGGCAGAGGGGAAAGGAGGAGGGGAGGAGAGAGGGAAAAGCCUGGGAGGAGUGCGAGCGAUUAACCGCAGAUACAUAGCCGACCACGUGCCAUCAUCUGAACGCACCUCAGCCUCAGCGGGCUUUGUAAGCGCCGGCGCGCUGGGCAUGGCAGCAGGGCCCUUCGCCGCCUCCCUGAUCGACUUCCUCAACUUCAAGUUCCUCGGCUUCACUGUCAACUCAGUCACCUCCCCUGGCUGGCUCAUGGUGCUCUCCUGGCUGCUCUACCUCGCUUUUGUGGUUCUUUUCUUUAAGGAGCCGGACCGGACACACCUGCAGCCGGUGCCGGCAGCAACGGGGGUGAAGUCCGGAGGGAAUUUGAGAAGGAGGGGGUCUAAAGAGGCUGCGCUGGGAGGGAACCUGAAGAGGGGGGGUUCUAAAGAAGCGGCGCUGGGUGGGAUGGGAGCGGUGGGCGUGAAUGGGGUUGUGGGGGAGAGGGGAGGGUGGGGGGAUAGGGAUGGAGUGGUGGUGGGAGAGGGGAGUAUGGUGACUGCUGCGUCGCCUGCUGAUGGCGCAGUGAAGAUUGAAGAGGAGGGAUUUGGCACAGGGGCAGGAGUCGAAGUGUGGGGAGGGGCGGUAGCAGGGAGAGGAGAGAAUAGAGGGGCUGGGAGCGCCUUAUCCGAGCCUCUGUUGAGGGGGCUGGCAGGGCAGGACAGUAGGAAUAGUGUGACAGCAGCGACAGCAGCACGGCGAGUGCACAGUGGGAUGGUUGACGAGAGCGACGCGCGAACUUGGCUGAUGCUAGCCUCUCUGCCGGACAUAGAUGAGGGGGAGGACGAGGAGGACGAGGAUGAUGAUGCUGCAUCAUCCACCGGGGCUGUGGAGACGCUUUCAGAGCUCAUGAAGGAGCUGUCACGGCCCAUCUCGGUCCUCCUCUUCAUGUACUUCAUGAUCAAAUUCGCCACAGAGGUGCUUAUAUCGGAGUCCAGCCUUAUCUCCAAGUACUACUUCCAAUGGACCAUCAACGACAUUGGUUGGUUUCUGGGUCUCCUGGGUCUCACAGUGCUGCCCAUCAGCUCGGUGGUUGGAAAUUACAUCACCAACAUAUACGAGGACAGGCUGGUGAUCAUGUGGACGCAGGGCCUGAUCGCAGUUGGGGUGAUAGCUGUGAUGUGUUUUGCGCCAAUCAUCAAGUACACUACACAGCAGUACAUUGUUGCUGCUGUCAUCAUCUUUGUCUCCUGCAACGUGCUCGAAGCUUCGACACUGACGGGUCUACAUUUCGGAGUGACGGCUCUGGUCGGAAUGGCAUCGGCUGCGCUGGGAUACCUGAACAGCAAGAACACGGUCCCGCUGUGGGAGCUGAUCUGGUUCUCCAUUGUUGCGAAUCUCUCCAUUGUCUCCAUGAAUCUCAGCCUCAUGCUCAACACCGUCGGAUUCUACCAGAUUGCCAAGUUGAGCAUCAUUCCAGUGGUCUGCUUCUUCGAAGCUCUCCUCCAUUCAAAGGCCUACUCGCGCGAGGUCAAGUUCUCCGUGGCAGUGGUCAUGGUGGGAGUGGGUGUGUGCACCGUCACCGACAUCAACAUGAACGCCUUUGGCUUCGUCGCCGCUACCGUCGCCGUCAUCAGCACGUCUCUGCAGCAAAUCUUCAUCGGGUCGCUGCAGACCAAGUACAGCAUCGGCUCCUUCGACCUGCUCAGCCAGACGGCUCCCAUUCAGGCGGCACUGCUCCUGCUGCUCGGCCCCGUUAUUGACUACUUCCUUAUCUCGCAAUCCAUUUUGAAAUACCAGCUCACAUGGGGCUCUGCGAUUUUCAUCGGCCUCUCGUGCUUCUUCGCAGUCUUCUGCAAUCUCAGCCAGUACCUCUGCAUUGGAAAGUUCUCAGCGACGUCCUUCCAGGUCCUGGGUCACAUGAAAACGGUCCUGGUUCUCGCCAUGGGCUUCCUCGUAUUCAGCUCUCCGAUCACCAUGAAGAACGUGAUGGGUAUGCUGAUGGCUGUGUUGGGAAUGGUUCUAUACAGCUGGGCUGUUGAGAAGGGCAAGAAGGAGAAGGAAGCAAGGGACAAGCUUCAGAGAUCUCCUAUGGUGUCUGCUGCUCUUCCAACCAAAAUGCCAGAUGAGGGGAUGGAGAAUGGUGAAAAGUUGGCACUGCUGUCUAGCAACGAUGAUGUUGAAGCUGGAAGGCAAGGCUAA